AUGGGGACGAAGGACGCGAGUGACGGCACCAUUGAGGAUGUGUGCAGUGGUAUUCCGCGGUGGUGUUUGGAGAAGAUGACGCUGCUAAGCCGCGAGGAGAUCGAGGCGAUGUCGCAUGUGUACAGUGACACGGAGGAUGAGAAGACGAAUGACGGGACGGCGACGCACCGAAACGACUCCUUUAAGGCGCGCAUGGCGGCGCUCCCUAUGUUCCUGCAGACCGAGGCGCUUCUUCUUCGUUGCCAUGAGCAGGAGUUUCGGCAGUGCAUGAAGGAACUCGUGGAGCUGUCCGAGUGCAUUGUGAUGGUCUGCGACGGGGCGCUGCGGCCGCAGGAGCCG